AGUAUGUUGAAUCAGUGGUGUUGGGAGAGAUGCAAUAUUGAUUUCAAUAUCACAUCAACGCUGAAGAGACUACAGAUCGAGGGGGACUUUAUAACCAUGAGUCAGCCACUAAAAGUAAUCGAUUGGACUGUAACAGAAGACAAUCAGAAUCCGCAUAAAACUGAUUGGCAUGUUGCAACGCUGAACAGAACUUUCAGCGCAGCGCUUUAUCACCUUUCAACAAGCUACGAUGAUUUGGCUUUAAAAUUUCGGAUCAAAUAUGUGCUUCGGGUUAUUCAAGCAAUUUACUAUCCCAUCCUUGCUAUUUUUGGUCUCGCUGGUGAGUUUCUGUGUCUACCUAGUUAACAUUGUGACGAUUGUCAUCCUGUCUCAGGGAAAGUGUGGUCUCUCCAGAUGGAUUACUUGUUACCUGGUGGCCAUGUCAGUAGCAGAUUUAUUCGUUAUUAUCCUAGACCUGAUGUUGAGACAUAUUCCAAUUGUUUUUAAGAGACAGUUUAUUUUCCUUCGGUCUGUCCCUUUGUGCAAUAUCCAUGCUGUCCUGCUGCAUGCAGCAAUUGAUUGUUCCGUCUGGUUCACUGUUGCUUUCACCUUUGAUCGUUUUGUCUUGCUUUGUUGCAGAAAGCUGAAAUGUAAAUACUGUACUGAGAGAACAGCAUCUGUAAUCCUCGUCUCAAUGACUGUUUUGAGUGGUUUGAAGAAUAUUUUCUGGUAUUUUAUGUUUUCAGGUUUGUAUCGGCUUCAAAAAGAACCCUGGUUUUGUUACACAUCGCCAGGUGUUCAGUUGUCUUUAGUCUGGGGCUCCAUCGAGUUUGUUCAUUACAUACUUACCCCAGUUAUCCCAUUUGUCCUUAUUCUGCUGCUGAAUGCAUUGACAGCAAAACACAUUUUAAUGAAAUCCAAAGUCCGCAAGAGACUUCACACUCAGAGCAAUGUAAGGAAUGUCAGAGACGCAGAGAUGGAGAACAGAAGACGAUCCAUAAUUUUACUCUUCUUAAUCUCUGCUAAUUUUAUCCUACUUUGGUCAACGUUGUUGAUUUCUACAUUAUGGCAGCGGAUGUUUUUAUUGGGGUAUGAUGUAUGGCUGAAUCGAUAUUGGCGAGACAUUGGCUUCAUGCUGCAGCUUCUGAGCUGUUGCACAAAUACUUGUAUCUAUGUUGUGACACAGAAAUUAUUUAGAAAGCAUUUGAAGAACAUUCUACUUUAUUUAUUCACUCUAAAAGUCCAAGCCAUCCAAUGACGUAACUGUUUAAAACUGACAAUAUCGAGAUUUUUAUUGUUAUUAUUAUACUACACAUUUGGCAUACAGUCAACUCAAAAUUUUUACUCAUUAAAAAGUCAAGAAAUUUUCAUCAACGUCGCCAUUUAGUUUGGUGUAAGGCCUGAUCCUCAUUGUCAUUGAUCAGAACGAGGGCACGCCACACAUUGGUCUCAGAGGGAGUAACAGAUUAUGCUGUUCAAAGUCAAUUUGGAAACAAAACUGGGACUGGCCAUCUUAUUGUGGUUCUGGAUGUGAUUUGCAUGGCAUUCCAACUGAAACUCCAUCAAAAAACACGUUGAUUAGGAGCCUAUCUACCAUCCUCUGAGAAAAAGAAGAGGAAAUGGCAUCACCAACCCAACGGAACCUAAACAGAUAAAUAGAGACCGGGACAUAACACCAGGGCUUCACCAGAGGCUCACUGAUGAUGUUACCUAGAAUGGUGACGAAACGUCUGAAAACUAACCUUCCAGCUCAGCGAGCAAACUCACAUCCAGAAUCUCAACCUGAGCUACAAAUCUUCUCAAAACUCACUAUCAUUUUUGUGGCCUCAGGACAUAAUUUUUCUCUGAGGUAUUUGAUGGGUGACAAUCCGUAGACGCUGUGCUAAAAUUGGAAUAUUGUUGUGACAUUUCACCCAUCCCAGAGGUCAGCUAGUUAACCUACUGACCAACAUGAGUAAACAUAGAAGGGGAUCUUCUGUCACGCAGAGAGAUCGACUAUUGUGGGUAGGAUAAGAUCCUUGUGUGCUUGGAGAAUUCUGAGAUGGUCAGAUCAUACUUUUUUUUAACCAUUGCCAGUGGUACGUUGUUUCGUUACUGAUUGGAAGGCCAUGUUCACAUGACGAAUGGCAGAUUACAAAUUGUGUAUUUCCACUUUCUUUUUGGAGAAUUUGCAGAAUGCUUUAUUCCUCACGAAUUGUAGGUGAUGCACGGUUAAAUCCCCAUGUUCCAUGGGUUUUGUGAAUGGUGACAAUUCUUGAAACCAAGUGACAUGGCAGAUGUCUGUCUGUUUAUGCCAUUUCCAAACAUUCUCAAGCAAUAAUGCUCAAAAUUGAAAGCAUCUUCAGAAACCUCGCUCGCUGAAAAUCACCAUGAGACACAGGAAAACUGCAACUUGAGCAAAAUAGAAGUACACAAACUUCUGCAUUUAAGACAUUGGAAUUUAAGCAGCAUCUAACCUCCACAAUACAGAAAGAUCGAUAAUCCUUGAAGAUAUUUAGCAAUCCCACAUAAUGGUUAAUCUUCCUCAUUAACAGAGACAGUAGAAAGCAAACAGUUUAACAGGUUCAACCGAUGGUGACAUAAAUGUACAGCAAAUUUGCAGGUACACUAGCAUAGGCACAAUAUUAACCAUGCAGAAACGUUCCAUAUCAUUCAAUUCUGGGAAGCCACAGAGAUGAAAAAGAAAAGUGAAAAGAACUGCCAGUUAUUGGAGCAUGCCGCACACAAACGUCAGACUGAAGAAAACGUAGAAUUGAAGAGCUACUGAAGAUUAUUUUGAAAUGUCAAACAAUCUGUUUCUUCAUGACUUUUUGCCUUCAACAAAACAAAGAACAUAUUAGUUUAACGAGUGUCCGAUUCUAUUUUUUUUUCUCAAAACUUCAAUGCCAAAGCCUGGUGGGGAGCAUCACUGAUAAUGGAAACUAGAGGGUCGAGGCCAGAAACGUCAGCUCUUGUGCUCCUGAGAUACUGCUGGGCCUGCUGUGUUCAUCCAGCCUCACAUUUCAUUAUCUGGGGAACAUCACUGCUGUUCUUCAAUGCCUUAUCCAAUACUUAGUUUUUGUGCUGCACCUGGCAAAUGAGCUGAGUGCAGUUACAAAUGUUGAUUCCACCCAAAACUCACAUUGAACAAAAUCAUCACGAGUUGUCUUUCCUGCUGUUUUGUUGUCUGAUUCUCUGGUCUCAGAUUCAUGCCAGUUAACAUUACUUUUCAAACCAGGCACAGGGUACAAAAUGUAAUCCCCACUGAGCAAUGGCAACAACGAUCCUGAUGAAACAACAUUCUCUUCAGAUCGAUCUCAGUGUCACGCUCCUUGCUCACAGCUCCAUUAAGAAUGAGAAGAUUUUUUUUAAAAAACUGCGAUAUAGUUUACAUGGAUAGCAUCUCUGGAGCCAAGCUGGUCAGCCUGAGAGUGGAAAAUGUACAAUGAAGAGGGUAGGCCAACUUGUCGACUCAUUUCCUGCCUUGGAACUGACAAAUGUAUUCCAUUGAUAUUGAGGAAAAUCUCAUUCAGAAGUAUGUGUCCUUGGUCACGCAGUUCCUGCUUGGUGGCUGAGGGUGUAAUGUAGAUGAAGAAAUUGUCGACCUUUCUGUCUCAAUUCCUUCCCAUUCCCUUCUGCUCUGACUUUCUCACUUCACUCUGUCUGUACAGGAUGGGCUAAUAUUAAUGGCGAUGUUUGAUUGCUGCAUGACUUUUAAUCAGGUCUGUAGAUAUUCAUAUACAUAGAGAAGCUGGCACAAUAAGACGGUUUGCUUUCUGUACUAGCUGUUUGUUACACUAUAUGAGAAGGGGAGAUUUGUUAUAAGAUAUUGAAGAUCACUCAGCCCUGGAUUGUGAAUAGAUCCAGGAGGCAUCAAUUGAGGGGGCCAAGAAGGGAAAAAGUGCA